AUGGCUCCAAAAGCAGAGAAGAAACCAGCCUCCAAGGCCCCAGCUGAGAAGAAGCCAGCCGGAAAGAAGACCGCCGCCUCUUCUGACGCUAAGAAGAGAACCAAGGCUAGAAAGGAGACCUACUCCUCUUACAUCUACAAGGUGCUGAAGCAAACGCAUCCAGACACCGGUAUUUCCCAAAAGGCCAUGUCCAUCAUGAACUCUUUUGUGAACGAUAUCUUUGAGAGAAUCGCUUCUGAGGCUUCCAAGCUUGCUGCUUACAACAAGAAGUCCACUAUCUCUGCCAGAGAGAUCCAAACUGCCGUGAGAUUGAUCUUGCCAGGAGAGUUGGCUAAGCACGCUGUUUCCGAGGGUACCAGAUCUGUCACCAAGUACACUUCUGCUACAUCUGCUUAA